AUGGAGACAGUGCUUGAAGAGCCUGAUGAAGAAAAUAUUGGUGGAGUUUCCUCUUUAGAUGAAAGAAUGGUCCUGGGCCGAAGAGCCCGUAUAAAAUUUCCAUUUAGUAUUGUUUUUUCAACUUUUCUUUAUUGUGGUGAGACCAUCUCAGCUUUGUAUGUUUUUAACAUUUAUCGAAUGAAUAAUGACAAAUUCUGGAUGUCAUUUACCAUCGGCUUAUUUUUUGUGGGAAUAGUUUUGGACCAGGUUACUCUAAUGUUUUUUCACAAAGAUUUGAACAAAAAUAAAGUUAUACUACUGUUUUGGCACAUUUUUUUUUUAGGACCUAUAGUGAGGUGUUUGUGUGUCAUUAUAAAUUACCAUAAAUUGUUGAAAAAGCUUGAACAACAGAAGAAAGAUACUCAAGUUAGUAUGAGCAGACGACACAUGAAGCUGAAAAGGGAGAUUGUUCUCUCAAUCCAUGGAAUUUUUAUGCAGUGCAAGGCUUUCAAGUGCAUGUCAGUGACUCAGGCCUUUCUUGGUUCUGUUCCACAAUUAAUUUUUCAAUUGUAUAUCACUUUUACCAUAAGAGAAUGGCCUUUGGGUAGAGCAUUCCUGAUGACAUUUUCCUUAAUAUCAAUUACCUAUGCGGCCAUUCUCUGCAAUACGCUGGCUAUCCAAAUGAAGUAUGACGAUGUUAACAUUAAACUUCGGCCGAUAGAAUUCAUCUGCAUCAUGGUAUGGCGUUGCUUGGAAAUUACCUCACGUAUAGUGAUUCUGGUGCUUUUUACUACAUCUCUGAAGCUAAAGAGCAUUCCCUUUUUAUCAGUCAUAUUUUCCAUAUUAUUCUUGGAGCCAUGGCUGGAGUUUUGGAGAAGUGGUGCUCCUCUUCCUAGACAUACUAAAAGUAAUUCCAAUCCAGUGGAAACAGUACUGAUGCUUAUCUUGAUCACUCUACUGUAUGCUGCCAUCAACUUCUCCUGCUGGUCAGCAGUGAAACUUCAAUUGUCAAAAGAUGAAAUAAUUGACAAAACACCAAACUGGGGUCAUAGAAUCCUACACCACAGUUUUCGGUUUAUAGAAAAUGUGAUAAUGAUUUCAGUAUUUAGGCUAUUUGGUAGGAAAACUUUUUUGAAUUGUUGUGAAUCAUUAAUUGCCACACAACUCAUUAUCUCCUACUUGUUAUCCAUUGGUUUUAUGCUCCUCUUCUAUCAGUAUCUGCACCCAAGUUGGCCAGAUAAAGCAUUACCAGAACAUACUGAAAAUCAGCCUGAAGCAAUGUGA